ACUAAGGGCGCGCGCAAGGGGCUGGUUUGGAGAUCCCUUUAAGAAACCACAGGCGGAGGAAUUUCUCUGAGAGAAAAUAAUCCUACUCCCGGGGCCCCUUGGAGGCCAUUAACCCCCCGAGUCCCGGCCCUCCCCUGCCCCGGCAGGCCCUCGUGCCCACGCGCACGCCGGUGGGACCCCGGGAGCUGCGGCCGGCGCGCGGGCCUCCGCCCCCCUCGUCACUCCCGCGUCAGGCCCCGCGGGGGCCGCGGGGACCGGACCGUCGCGAGCGAAGCGCCGUGUCUGCAGUGUGGGCGGGGGCCGAGAGGGGCCGCGGCCGCCGCCGCCGCCGCCGCCGCCGCGCCGGGAGCCGCCGCGGUUCCGAGCGGGGCCCAACAUGGCGGAGCAGGAGGUGGAGACCGGCCCCCGAAAGAGGUUUGAACAGAAAAGUGAUGCAGUUUUUGAUGAAAUUGUAGAGAACUGUGGUGUCAUGGAUACAGAAAUGUCUGAAGACACAGACCACAACUUAACUCCUACUCUUGCCAGCUUGUCUUAUGGAAUGCCGAAUCAAACAGGAUCUGAAAAUUCAUUGAUGGAUGAAGAUGAUUAUUUUUUGAACUCUGGGGAUCUUGCAGGAAUUCCAGUCGUUAGUAGUGACAAUGAGGAUGAACAAGAUUUUAGUUCAAAGGACAAUCUUGUUUCUUCAAUUCAUACUGAUGAUAGUUUGGAAGUAGAGAGAAGAGCCUCUCAUCAUGAAUCAGACAAUGAAAAUGAAAUACAAAUUCAAAAUAAAUUAAAAAAAGACUUUCCUAAACAGUUUGAUCAGGUUUCUGUCUUUAAAUCAAUACGAAAAGAUUUUUGUUUAGUAAGAGAAAACAGCAAAGAGACGUUUUCUGGAAAGGAGAAAAAUAGAGAUGUAACUUAUCAUGAACGUGAAAAACGGUUGGAUAAACCCCAUAAAGGUUUGGAUUCAAGGUUGAAAAGCAGUUUUUUUGAUAAAGCAGCUAAUCAAGUUGAAGAAACAUUACAUACUCAUUUACCACAAACCCCAGAAACAAACUUUAGGGACUCCAGCUACCCAUUUGCCAAUAAAGAAUCCAUUGGUUCGGAACUGGGGAAUUCCUUUGCAUCAAAUAUUAGAAUUAAAGAAGAACCUUUGGAUGAUGAGUAUGACAAAGCAGUGGCGCCUCAGCAGGGACUACUAGACAGAGUUAAAGAUGAACCUGAAAAUGCUCAAGAGUAUAGUCAUGGCCAACAGCAAAAAACUCAAGAGGGGGAACUGAAAAUUAGUGCUGUGUUUUCAGUCAGUGGCAGUCCUCUUGCUCCACAGUUGACUACUGGCUUUCAGCCUUCUCUGGCAUCACCUGGCAUGAAUAAAAUGCUUCCUUCAGUUCCAGCCACAGCUGUUCGAGUUUCCUGUUCUGGUUGUAAAAAAAUCCUCCAGAAGGGGCAGACUGCUUAUCAGAGGAAAGGGUCUACUCAGCUUUUCUGCUCCACACUGUGCCUCACUGGAUACACAGUUCCACCUGCCCGCCUGCCACCUCCUCUUACGAAGAAGACUUGUUCAAGUUGCUCAAAAGACAUUUUAAACCCAAAGGAUGUGAUCAGUGCGCAGUUUGAAAAUAGCACCACCAGUAAGGAUUUUUGCAGUCAGUCAUGCUUAUCAACAUAUGAACUGAAAAAAAAACCCAUUGUUACCAUAAAUACAAAUAGCAUUUCAACCAAAUGCAGCAUGUGUCAGAAGAAUGCUGUUAUUCGACAUGAAGUUAAUUACCAGAAUGUGGUCCACAAACUUUGCAGUGACGCCUGCUUCUCUAAAUUUCGCUCUGCUAACAACCUCACUAUGAACUGUUGUGAGAACUGUGGGGGUUACUGUUACAGUGGUUCUGGACAGUGCCAUGUGCUUCAGAUUGAGGGACAGUCUAAGAAGUUUUGUAGUUCAAUGUGUAUCACUUCAUACACACAGAAAUCAGCCAAAAUAACACCAUGUGCGCUUUGCAAAUCAUUGAGAUCCUCAGCAGAAAUGAUUGAGAAUACCAAUAGCUUGGGGAAGACAGAACUUUUCUGUUCUGUUAAUUGCUUAUCUGCUUACAGAGUUAAAAUGGUUACUUCUGCAGGUGUACAAGUUCAGUGUAACAGUUGUAAAACCUCAGCAAUCCCUCAGUAUCAUCUAGCCAUGUCAGAUGGAAGUAUUCGCAACUUCUGCAGCUACAGUUGUGUGGUAGCGUUCCAGAAUUUGUUUAACAAACCAACUGGAACGAAUUCUUCAGUAGUGCCCUUGUCUCAGGGCCAGGUAAUCGUGAGCAUCCCCACAGGUUCAGCGGUGUCUGCAGGUGGAGGGAAUACCCCUGCUGUGUCCCCCACCUCCAUCAAUAGCUCUGCUUCAGCUGGACUCCAGCGGCUGGCUGCCCAGUCCCAGCAAGUUGGGUUUGCACGAAGUGUGGUGAAGCUUAGGUGUCAACACUGUAAUCGUCUUUUUGCCACAAAACCAGAGCUUCUUGACUACAAGGGUAAAAUGUUUCAAUUCUGUGGCAAGAAUUGUUCUGAUGAAUAUAAGAAAAUCAAUAAUGUAAUGGCAAUGUGUGAAUAUUGUAAAAUUGAGAAAAUUAUAAAGGAGACUGUGAGAUUCUCAGGUGCUGACAAGUCAUUUUGUAGUGAAGGUUGCAAAUUGCUUUAUAAACAUGACUUGGGGAAACGCUGGGGAAGUCACUGCAAAAUGUGCAGUUAUUGUUUACAGACAUCUCCCAAAUUGAUCCAGAAUAAUUUGGGUGGAAAGGUAGAAGACUUCUGUUGUGAAGAAUGCAUGUCUAAGUAUACAGUUUUAUUUUACCAGAUGGCCAAAUGUGAUGGUUGCAAGAGACAGGGUAAACUCAGUGAGUCAUUGAAAUGGCGAGGCGAAAUUAAACAUUUUUGUAACCUGCUUUGUAUCUUGAUGUUCUGCCAUCAGCAAACCGUAUGUGACUCACCUUUACAAAACAAUUCAGCAAGUCAUUCUAUGGUUCAAGUUGCAUCUGCCGGGCCCCCAUCACUCAGAAAAGAUUCAACUCCAGUUAUUGCUAAUGUGGUAUCUUUGGCAAGUGCUCCUGCUGCUCAGCCCACAGCAAAUGCCAACAGCGUCUUACAAGGUGCAGUUCCAACAGUAACAGCGAAAAUCAUUGGGGAUGCAAGUACUCAAACAGAUGCCCUGAAACUUCCACCUUCUCAACCUCCAAGGCUUUUGAAAAACAAAGCUUUAUUGUGCAAACCCAUCACACAGACAAAAGCCACUUCAUGUAAACCACAUACUCAGAACAAAGAAUGCCAGACAGAAGACACUCGAAGUGAGCCUCAGGUUAUGGUGGUACCAGUCCCUGUGCCUGUGUUUGUUCCCAUACCCCUUCAUCUUUAUACCCAGUAUACUCCUGUCCCCUUUGGAAUUCCAGUUCCCAUGCCUGUGCCCAUGCUGAUUCCAUCUUCUGUGGAUAAUGAGGAUAAAGCCACUGAGAGUAUUGAAGACCUUAAAGAAAAGCUUCCCCCACAUCCGUUUGAAGCGGAUCUCCUUGAGAUGGCAGAAAUGAUUGCAGAAGAUGAAGAGAAGGAGAAGAGUCUAUCUCAGGGAGAAUCUCAAACUUCUGAACAAGAACUCUUUCUAGACACCAAGAUAUUUGAAAAAGACCAAGGAAGUACAUAUAGUGGUGAUCUUGAAUCAGAGGCAGUUUCAACUCCACAUAGCUGGGAGGAAGAGCUGAAUCAUUAUGCCUUAAAGUCAAAUGCUGUGCAAGAAGCUGAUUCAGAACUGAAACAGUUCUCAAAAGGGGAAACAGAACAGGAUCUGGAGGCAGAUUUUCCAUCAGAAUCCUUUGACCCACUCAAUAAAGGACAGGGAAUCCAGGCACGUGCUCGAACAAGACGGAGACACCGAGAUGGCUUCCCCCAGCCCAGACGAAGAGGGAGAAAGAAGUCUGUAGUACCUGUGGAGCCCAGGAGUCUUAUUCAAGGAGCCUUGCAAGGGUGUUCAGUGUCUGGAAUGACACUGAAGUAUAUGUAUGGAGUGAAUGCCUGGAAGAACUGGGUUCAGUGGAAAAACGCCAAGGAAGAUCAGGGAGAUCUGAAGUGCGGGGGAGGCGAACAUGCCUCUCCUAGUCCAGGUUCUGACUCCUUAGGAAGUGUUCAAGACCAGUCACUCCCUCAAGAAUCCUCAGAUCAAGGUUGUAAAGUCCACUCUAUGAAGCUGAAGGAAGAUAUUCUGUCCUGCACUUUUGCUGAGUUGAGUUUGGGAUUAUGCCAGUUUAUCCAAGAGGUGCGGAGACCAAAUGGUGAAAAAUAUGACCCAGACAGUAUCUUAUACUUGUGCCUUGGAAUUCAGCAGUACCUGUUUGAAAAUGGUAGAAUAGAUAACAUUUUUACGGAGCCCUAUUCCAGAUUUAUGAUUGAACUUACCAAACUCUUGAAAAUAUGGGAGCCUACAAUACUUCCUAAUGGUUACAUGUUCUCUCGCAUUGAAGAAGAGCAUUUGUGGGAGUGCAAACAGCUGGGUGCUUAUUCGCCAAUUGUCCUGUUAAACACCCUCCUGUUUUUCAAUACCAAAUACUUUCAGCUGAAGAAUGUUACUGAGCAUUUGAAGCUUUCCUUUGCCCAUGUGAUGAGACGGACCAGGACUCUGAAGUACAGCACCAAGAUGACAUAUCUGAGGUUCUUCCCGCCUUUACAGAAGCAAGAGUCAGAGCCAGAUAAACUAACUAUUGGCAAGAGGAAACGAAAUGAAGAUGACGAGGCUCCAGUGGGUGUGGAGAUGGCAGAGAAUACUGACAACCCACUGAGAUGCCCUGUUCGACUUUAUGAGUUUUACCUGUCAAAAUGUUCUGAAAGUGUGAAGCAGAGAAAUGAUGUGUUCUACCUUCAGCCUGAGCGCUCCUGUGUUCCUAAUAGCCCCAUGUGGUACUCCACAUUCCCAAUAGACCCUGGAACCCUGGACACCAUGUUGACGCGCAUUCUCAUGGUGAGGGAGGUACAUGAAGAACUUGCCAAAGCCAAAUCUGAAGACUCUGAUGUUGAAUUAUCAGAUUAAGAUGGAAAUAAGGUUCCUAUUUUCAUGCGCAUUGGUAUGCACCAAGCUGUGAAUGCACUCAGCUAUCGUAAAGAUGUAUAGUGCAAGUCCUCUUGACUUGCUUGUGAGGCGUGAAGAACAGAAACGUGGCUGUGAAUGAAACCGCAAGGAGUGUGAGUGAGUGAAUUGGCGGGGAGAGUUCGCAGACAUCUUGGAAUGACCAACCAUUUCCUGAGUGGUGCGUAACCUUAUUUUGUUUGGGAAUAAGAAAUUAUGGAAUAUUUUUAAGGAAAACUGUCGUAUAAAAUUCUACCAUAGUAACCUUAGUUAGAAGGGGUAGCUUUGGAGUGAGACCCUGGCUGCAGUAGGCUAUUUGAGCAAGCUGUCCAUGAAAGUCAGGAGAGAAAUCAGUACAGAGCUGAGACUGACAUCAGAUGAGGACACUGGGCUCAGCCUUGAAGAUCCAAUAAAAAUACUCAUGUUUUUGUAAAAAAGAUAGUGGUCUUGAUUGAUUUACACUGCCAACCCACUUAUGUGAAGGAGAAGCCUUUGGUACUUUGACUGAAGGCCCCUCACAUCGGGGAAAUGCCCUCCACUGCUGUUUGUGUGCCCCUUUUCAUUUAGGGUCUUACCUUCUCAGCUGUGGGUGAUUGAGGGUGAAGGACCAUAUUCCACAAGAAAAUCUGUGGAGGCGAUUAGACCCCAGGUAUCUUGAGUGUUUGUGGAAAGCCCACUAAGCCCACUUCUCUGGGUGCCGGCUUUUACUGCUGCUGUCUCUGCCUCGGCUGCGGUGCACGGAAGUGGAGGUACUCCUUUUGUUUCCAGUUCCUCCCCAGUGGCAGCUCUUCUUCCAUUGUUUUACUUUCCUGUUCCUAAGUGACUCUUGUCCUCUGCACCCGCUUCUGGAGGUCUUUGUCAUUUCAAACAGAAUAAUCUGUCUCCACAGUUCUGACAAACGUGGGUGAUCCCACAAAGACACAGUAUUACGUUAGCUGUCUGAAUUAUGGUAGGGAAGGUGAUAGUAGGCUCCUGUGUAAAUCAUUUGGAAGCUGACCUUAUCACCCCAAGGAACUUGAAAUUAGAAAUUUGGGGAUAGAGUACAAAAUGAUUGUCUUACAUAUCCAUAAGCAGGUCUUCUUACAGCAUUAUUCCAGAUUCUAGUUCUUAUGAGGAUUGCAAGGCAUAGGUGUGUGUGACAUUAUCAGACUGUCUGCCUCUUCUCCAGUCUCAGUUUCUUCCCUACAAAAUUUUGAAUCAAGCUUUUAAUAAUGUUGGCUAAUUACUGAGCUUCUUUAAUUGAAGUUAAUUUGAUCUUACAGCAGAGCUGAAAGAAGUCAUAAACUUCUUACAAUGUGUCACCUUGAAAGACUUCAGUGUGGUCCCUUAUUUUAGGUGGGGGUAGCAAGUUUUGUUUUGUUUUUUAAACAGAUAUGUCAAUUAAAUACAACAGAAUUUUAAAUGGACCUUUUGACAUUGUGUACUUGGUGGUUCUGUCCUCUGCCUGUAACGAAUUUCCUUUUUGUUACCAAGAACUUUGUGAAAGAAGUCAAUCUGCCCCAGUCUGUAUGGCUAAUUCCAUCUGUGUUUGUCAUUUGUGAUGGGGAACUACUUCCUUCCAGACCUUGUUUGAUUGGAGGGAAGGCAGUUGGCCUGUCUGAUAAGUCACCAAUAAACCAUCCAGAAAUACCAGGUGUCCAGUUCCACUGUAUCAGUUAUGAUUUGUGUGAACACUAACAUUUCCCAUCUAUAGUUGUAUGAGAAACAAAUACUGUUUAGCUUAGUAGAUAAAUUGUUAUAAAAUACCAGGAAAAAAUGUAUCUUUUAAGAGAACAACCACUACUCAGAUCAAUGACUGUGUCAGGGCUUCAGCUGCAUGUUAGUGCAGGGGCUUCAGACCCCUGAACUGAUUUAAAACAGGUUGAUCGUCAGUCAUUCCUCAUAAAUGUAGCUGUUCGUUGCAUCAGAUCACUUUUUAUUUUGUUGAAAUUGUGUAAAAUCACACUCCCCCCCCCCCCCCCCAGGAGGGUGAGAAAAAAAUAUCAACAAACAGAACCUGAGCUUGUCCUGUCCUGCUGUUCCUUGGUCUUUAACUGUCUUUGGAUUUUCCCUUUGCAGGAACCACAGAACUAUUCCCAUAGAAUAAAAUAGUAUAUUUGUAUUUGAUGGGUGAGUUCUUUUUCUUUGUGGUUUAAAGAACUUUAAAUAUAUUUUUCAUUUGAUCUUACUGUAUGAGCCAAGAGAUGUAAAAUUACCCAAAAAAAUGACAAACAGUUUUCAGCAAUGUUCCUUGGUUUCUACUCAGUCCAGUUAAUGCAUGGUUUCACUGCAGGCUUCCUGUGGCUUGCUUGCUUUCUGUCAAGAGUUGUUUCCAUUUUUAGGUCAAUAUUAACUGUAUUGAAAUCCCUACAGCUAGUAAUACCAAGUGGCAUCGCAUUACAUGCCUCCUUCCGGGCAGACCUCUUCUAGACUGUAAGUGUUUGAGAUGGUAAGAAUCUGAUAUCGGGUUUACUCUCAUGUAUGAAUGAGGAUCUCGUUUGGGGAUAUGGGAAUAAAGUGCUUUCUUUUUCUUAGUCUC